GAACGGGGAUAAAUUGUCAAAGGAAUUAUUAAGACGAUAUAAUGAGUAAAAAUUUGCUACACUCUUCAAUUCCCAGUACAAAUUAUAUAGAUGUAAUAGAAGUGCUCUGUCGAAAUUAAAAGUUAUGGAUUAUGUGGAUAUUCCAAAAAAUGAGGAAGGUGAUCAAUACCGAGAUAAAACGUUUACCGCUACGUUCCCAUUAUCACCUUCGAACCCUAAUCUUUCAACGUAUAAAAGAAAAGUCGGCGACGAAUCCAUUACCACCACCUCAAAAACUACCCUUCCCAAUGUCACCUACAAUUAUCAACCCGGCAGUGGUGGCGGCAGAUUAAGGCUUUUUGAACAAAAUUCGUUCAAAUUUAAUCAUCAUUACGGCCAUAACAACUAUGAGGCUACCUGUUAUGGGCCCCCCGGAAAACCUUUUCUUGACUACUAUGUCUCUGACCCGUCCGACAUGCCAGAACAUAUCGAAUAUGGCCCAUCUCCUUACCCUUACAUACCUUAUCACAGAUUAUUGUACAAUAAUGAACAGACCCCCAACCCCCUUAAUUUGCGCCGAUCUCCGCCUUCAGAGGUUAAAUGUAAUUUAGAGGACGAUCAUCCCUCGUUACACAAUAAAACUCUACAGAGUCUGCAGAAUUUUCCGAAUUUGUUAAGCAGCGACAACAAUAAUAAUCUAGAACUCGACCGGGUCAACAACCAUAUUUUAAGUGGCCAUACUUCUCAUCGAUACGCAACUGGGAAUCCUUUCGAAAAGAUUAUUGGGUUGACCGAUUUUCCUCCCGGUAACGAAUAUAAAGAAAACAGUCAGGAAUUGAACGAUUCAGGGGUAUCGCUUUCCGCUGAUCCUGAAAAAGGUAAAGACACACUAUUUCAAUUAAGUGACACACUUAAACCUUUUCAAUCGUGGAUGCCUGGUUGUCUAAAUAGCAAAUAUAGCCGUGCGUUGCGAUACGCGACCUCUAUAUCGCCGUUACUCGAAAAUAUCAAUCAAAUAUCUAACUUAGAACGAAUGGAAAAUUUAAAUGUCGGUUUAGCUAAAGCUCAUUUUGAAAAACAACCUCCUAAUAAUUUGCGCAAAAGCAAUUUCUUCCACUUCGUUUUGGCUUUUUACGACAAAUUGAAUCAGCCAAUAGAAAUCGAAAGGGCGAGUUUUAUCGAUUUUAUCGACCAAGAUAUGGAAGGAGAAAGGAAAUGCAACAAUGGAAUCCAUUAUUGUCUCCAUCUCAACUAUUCCAACAAUAUCAAACAAGAGCAGCAUAUGUAUAUUAGGAUCAUUGAUUCCGUCACGAAAAAAGUGAUAAUAUAUGAAGGACAAGACAAGAAUCCAGAAAUGUGUAGAGUUCUCUUGACGCAUGAAGUUAUGUGUAGCCGAUGUUGCGAUAAAAAGAGUUGUGGAAAUAGAAAUGAAACGCCCUCAGACCCAGUCAUAAUUGAUAGAUAUUUCCUAAAAUUUUUCCUAAAAUGCAAUCAAAAUUGUCUGAAAAACGCCGGAAAUCCACGAGAUAUGAGAAGAUUUCAAGUAAUCAUAUCGGACAACUUAAAUAAGGGCCCUUUACUAGCUAUUUCUGAUAACAUGUUUGUUCAUAAUAAUUCAAAGCAUGGCCGAAGAACGAAAAGAGUUGAUCCAAACGAAAGUGUUAUGCCGAGUAUAAAAGCUGUUUGCCCAAGCGAGGGAUGGACAUCUGGAGGUUCCCAAGUGAUAAUAAUCGGAGAAAACUUCUUUGAAGGUCUUCAAGUGAUAUUCGGGAAUGUCAUAGUAUGGAACGAGGUAAUUACAUCUCAUGCCAUUCGUAUUCAAACUCCACCCCGUCAGGCACCCGGCGUAAUUGAAGUCACAUUUUCUUAUAAAUCCAAACAGUAUUGUAGGAGUUCUCCUGGAAGAUUCGUUUAUUUGUCCCUGAAUGAGCCCAACAUCGAGCACGGAUUUCAAAGACUAAUGAAACUAAUACCUCGGCAUCCAGGGGAUCCAGAAAAAAUCCCUAAAGAAAUAAUUUUGAAAAGAGCCGCGGAUUUAGCGGAAGGGCUAUACCACAAAGAUAAAGACGAUAAUUUUAAGAAAAAUGCGCACAAAAUAAAUCGCAAAAAUUCGUACAACGUAAAUCACAAUAAUACGACAAACGAUGACAACUCGAGUUUUAUUAAUUACCCCGACCUUCCAUUCACUCAUACCAUAGAACCCUUCGAUAACAAUUUUGAUCCGUCGCACCAUAAUAUACAUUUCAUAUCGCAGUCCAAUUAUUUCCCCCUGCCUCAGAACCACAUUCUCUAUUCUCCAUCUAUCUACAACAAUCAUAAUUGUCCCCCACAAAUUAACAACGAAUCUGACAUUUAUCCAAUACCCAUGGAAGAAAUGCUGGGGGAAAAGUAUCACAGUCAGUUUAACGGCAUGGCAUAUUACAACAAUAGCAACUUGGCAUUUUUACCCCAUAAUUCCUUCAAUCCUCAUCAUCACAUGUCCACAUUUAGUACUUCUUCUACAACUCUAAUCAACAGUCUUCCAUUUAUGAACGAUUCUCAAAAUAAUAUUCACGCGCAGCACUCAUAUCCCGAAAACUUGCAAUCUACGAAAUCCGUCAUUAUCAAAAAAGAGGAGGCGGUUGGUAAAAUCCAUUUGCCAGAAACAAAAGGGAAACGAAGCCAGCCCUAUUCGUUAAAUAAUAUGCUGAAUACAAGAAAGACCAAAUCUAGUCGAAAGGCCAAUCUUGGAAUCAACUCGAUUCAUGCACUCGUGCCUGAAGAAGAAGCUAAAGGUGAUUUUGGCAACAAGAAUGCUGAAAAUGCAUACGAAGCCAACAAAACAAUAAGCGCGGGAAAAAACAUUGAAGACAAAGUUAAUACUUUUAACAAACCUGAAAAUACUGAGAAAUCAACAGCGGAUUUGAAUCAAUCUACAAGCAAAACAUAUUCCACUAUCAAGCACAAUUUCCAGAACACCACAUCUUUCAGCACCCGUUAUGAAAUAUAAAACUUUUUCUGGAGAAAAUAAUUAAAUAAUAAUUAUUUAUUGAUCUCAAUUAUUUUAUAAAAUUAACAUACUACUAAAUAAUGUCUUCCGUUUUUAUUAUUAUUGCUGUGAAAUAAUAUGUUUUUCACAAAAUAUAACAAAAGUUACAUAUAUAAAAAAUA